AUGAAUGAAGUAAAAACAAAUGGAAUAUAUACUUCUAAUGAAGAUAAGCAAUUGUUUUUUGAAAAAACACCAACAAUAAUGACGUUUAAAGAUGCAUCAAUGAAUAUUUCAUCUAUAGCAAUGAAGAACGAACUUGAUAAGCUUUUAAGUACAGUUAAAGAUGAGGAGCGUUUGAAGUUUUUUAAAAUGGAAAUUGACAAUUUUUUUUCUCUUUUUAACAGAUAUUUAAUGAAUAAAAUAGAAGAAAAAACAUUACAAUGGGAUAGAAUCAAAAUACCUAAUAGUGAACAAGUGCUUGAAUACAGUAGUAUUAAGGAGGCUGAUAAAAGUUCUGUAAGAGUUCUUCUUGAUAGAUUGGUGGUUUUAAAGCUUAAUGGUGGUCUUGGAACUACUAUGGGGUGUGUUGGACCUAAAAGUAUUAUCGAGGUCCGUGAAGGACAUACUUUUCUUGACCUUACUGUUAAACAAAUAGAAUAUCUUAAUAAAAAAUAUAAUGUUAAUGUACCAUUUGUCCUUAUGAAUUCAUUUAAUACAGACGAUGAUACCAGUAGAAUUAUUAAAAAAUAUGAAGGACAUAAUGUUGAUAUUAUUACCUUUAAUCAAUCUAGAUACCCUCGAAUAAGUAAAGAAUCUCUUCUUCCUAUUCCUCGAAUGUACAAUUCUUCUAUUUCUGAAUGGUAUCCUCCUGGUCAUGGAGACUUGUUUGAAGCCAUUUCUAAUACAGGUUUACUUGAUAAAUUGCUUUCCCAAGGAAAAGAAAUAUUAUUUGUAUCUAAUAUUGAUAAUCUUGGGGCAGUUGUUGAUUUGAAUAUUUUGCAAUAUAUGAUUGAUAGUGACUCUGAAUAUAUAAUGGAAUUGACAGAUAAAACGAAAGCAGAUGUUAAAGGUGGAACAAUUAUUGAUUAUGAGGGUAAAGUUCGUCUUCUUGAAAUAGCUCAAGUACCUCCGGAGCAUGUAGAGGAAUUUAAGUCUAUAGAAAAGUUUAAAUAUUUUAAUACUAAUAAUAUUUGGCUUAACUUAUCAUCUGUUAAACGUGUUGUUGAAAAUAAUGAGUUAGCAUUAGAAAUUAUUCCAAAUUAUAAAACUCUUUCAGAUGCAAAAGGAAAUACUGAUAUAAGUAUCAUCCAGCUUGAAACUGCUGUUGGAUCAGCAAUUCAUUAUUUUAAACGUGCAUGUGGUAUCAAUGUUCCUCGGAGUCGUUUUCUUCCUGUCAAAACAUGUUCAGAUCUUUUCCUGGUUAAAUCAGAUCUUUAUUCUUUACAUAAUGGUCAACUUAUUAUGGAUCAGGUUCGUUUUGGGGGGGUUCCGCUUAUAAAAUUAGGAAGUCAUUUUAAAAAAGUUAGUGAUUUUCAAAAACGAAUUCCAUAUAUUCCAAAAAUUUUAGAAUUAGACCAUCUUACUAUGACUGGCGCAGUUAACUUAGGAAAGAACGUUGUAUUAAAAGGGAAUUAA